CGGCCUUUCGCAGGUUCCGGGUCGGCUGGGCCUGCGCCAGAAACCGAGUUGCGUGUUCUGUUUGUUUGGGGGAUGCUGGAUUCUUCUGGAACCGCCGGCGGUUAGUGGCCACGCCCUCAGCCCCAGGCACUGCUCUGAGUGCAGUUAACAGACAGAACGCUUUAACCGGUAACAGUCGCGGCCGGUGAGUUAUCACGGGGCCUGUCCCACCUCUGUCCGCUCCAUGUUGUCAGCCGUAUCUAGGCAGCCACCCUCCACUCCUAGAGUGCCUCAUUCCUGAAGAUCUGUUCCAAAAGAACCUCAUACUCAGUUGAUGUGCACAGACCUUUGGCCCAAGCAGAAUUGAGAGAGAGGAGCCAGCUGAUCCUCAGAGGCACCUGCAUCCCUGUGACUGACAGCACUGCCAGGACCCGGUGGUCUGAACCGUCUUCAGUAUCAUGGAGCCUCCUGGAGAGAAGCCAGGAGAGGCUGAGGCGCUGAGCAUCACACCCCAGCUGCUGAAGUCCCACUCAGGAGAGUUUGCCCUGGAUUCCAUCCUGUUGCUGAAGCUUCGGGGUUUAGGGGUGGUGGACCUGGGUUGUUUGGGGGAGUGCCUGAACCUUGAGUGGCUUGACCUAUCAGGCAACGCACUUACCCACCUGGGCCCACUGGCAUCCCUGCGCCAGCUGGCUGUGCUCAACGUCUCCAAUAAUCGUCUUACAGGGCUGGAGCCACUAGCAGCCUGUGAGAACCUGCAGAGCCUCAAUGCUGCUGGUAACCUGCUGACCACUCCUGGUCAGCUGCAGUGUCUGGCUGGGCUGCAGGCCCUGGAGCACCUGAGGCUCCGGGACCCUUUGGCUCGGCUCAGCAACCCGCUCUGUGCAAAUGCUUCCUACUGGGCUGUGGUCCGAGAGCUACUGCCUGGCCUCAAAGUCAUAGAUGGGGAACGAGUGAGUGGGCGGGGCAGUGAGCUGUACCAGUUAUGCCGAGACCUGGACAGUUCCUUGCGCUCCGGCUCCAGCCCAGGGCCCAGAGCCAUCGAGGCCCAGCCAUGGGUAGAGCCCGGCUACUGGGAGUCCUGGCCCAUCCGGAGCAGCUCCAUUCUGGAGGAGGCCUGCCGACAGUUCCAGGACACACUGCAGGAAUGCCUUGACCUGGAUCGUCAGGCCAGCAAUAGCUUGGCCCAGGCCCAGCAGGCUCUCAGCCCUGCAGAAACCACCUCUUCCUUUGUCUUUUAAAUGCAACUCUUAGCCAAGGUGGUCUGAUCAUAGACAUUCCUUCCCUGCCCCAUGUGCUUGCCUAUCUAUCUAUCUAUCUAUCUAUCUAUCUAUCUAUCUAUCUAUCUAUUUGUCUAUUUAUUUAUAUCUGGUCACUGACCCUGCAGACUAUGUUGUUCAUUCAUCCCUUUCUUGAGAGCUCCUAACUCCUGCGUCUCCUCAAGGGUGUUUCCUCCCUCCUCCCACAGCCUCAAGGACACACUUUCCAGAUCGCCUCUAGAAGGGAGAGGAAAUCCCCUCACUAUCUGGCAAAUGCACCAUGCGGCCAGGCUGCAGGGGCUCUGGGCAAUGCUGUGCCUGGGCUCCCUCAAGUUCCCAACCUAAGGCUUUGUGGGUAAGGUUACUUGCCACCUGCUUAUUCUUAUGAAAUAGUUCAGUGCUCAUGUUAUCACUUGUCUCGUCUCCAGCAAAUGCGCGGGGGCUUCUGAACCUCUGCUUUGGUCCUGUGGAAGGCUCCUACACUUGCCCUACCUGCUGCUUCCUGGUACUAGGCAGGAAGUGUGGACACACACACACACACAGAGUCUUUUUGAGCUUCCCUUAUAUGUACAGGUUGAGCUGAGGGAGAACAACACAAGGUUUGAAAGGAACAGACUCAGCAAUUUUAUUAGCCUGGAGUUGAAAGUCUCUGGGAGAUGAUAGGCUCCUGCUGGGUGCUGCCACAGCUGUACAGGGAGUAAGGUGAAGUCCUAGAGAAGAAGGGAAAACCAGGUUGGGGGUGCGGGAGACUGUUUGGGUCUGGUUCUAGCUUUUUUCACGUUUCACAAGUCCUUUCUCAGCCCAAUUUCCAUGCCAAGGGCUGGCUCUCCCCAUUAACCACUUACCUGUCUAGGGCUUAUUUGGUUCGCAGGGCCCUGGAGAAGGCAAACUGUCCAGGUAGGAAGUAGCCGUGGGGGUCUUCGCCAGCCUGUGCUAUCUUAAUGCAUUGCAACUCCUGAGGAUCCUGCUAGAACCAGUGUUUGCUGCAGCAGUUCUAGGAAGGGAGGCACCACCACAACCCCCAGGGGAAUGUCCAGGAGUGGGGGUGGGGGGGACCCAGCUCUUCUUUUCAGGUUUCCUGUUCUUCUCCCAUAGACCCAGAUUUGAUCUGUCCCUCCAGGCUUCUCCCUAACCUCUUUUCCUUCUUACCUGAGGCCCUUGCUUCAGAACUGGGCAGUGGACUAUCCGGCCUAGAAUUUUACCCUUGGGGUCCAUUUUAAUGCAGACCAGGCAUUUCCGCCUUCUCUGGGGAGGAGAACAGGGAUGUCAGAGUGGAGACUAGCCUCUGGCAUGCUCUGGAGUGGACAAUGUAGUGAUUUGAGUAAGAAUGUCCCCCAUAGGCUGACAUAUUUGAAGAUUUGGUCUCCAGUUGGUGGCGCUGUUUGGGGAGGGUUUGAAGGUUUGACCUUGAUGGAGGAAGUGUGUCAGUGGGGCAGGCCUUAAGAUUUUAAAACCUCAGACCACUCCCAAUUCACUCUUUCUGCGUUCUGUUUACGUGGAAGGCUGUGAGCUCUCAGCUUCCUGCUCUGGCCACUAUGCUGGCAUCCACAUCUCCCUGCCUCCCGCCAUGAUGGACUUUUAUUCCUCUGGAACCCUAAGCCAAAAUAAACCUUUCCUAUUAUUA